UGUUCUUUGAUCGGAGGACAGAGGAUUCCCAGGCCACUGUGCACUUCAAGUGUAAAUAAAAUUACCGUGAUAUGAGCAAUUAUUUGAUUGAGGCGCCGAUUACAGUUAGAUUUUGUUUGGAAAACUGAGCAAAAGCACUCUUGAACAGAAUUAUUCCAACAUUAGGAAUUCCAACUGCAGAAAAAUGACAUCAAAGACAACGCUGUUAUCCUUCACCAGACAUCAUUUGCUUUCCAAGCAUUUCAGAUCUUUUGGAACACUUUCCUGCGGUGUGAACAGAGAGUUUCAAAGGGAUAUAUCUUUCCAGAGCUGCGCGUUGCAACCUGGGACAUUUGUCCGGUCAGUUUCAAGCUCUACAACUGUAUUCAAGUCACACGGCAACCUCGAUAUCGAGCAAGCAGUGCUACGAUAUACAAGAUACAAAGGGAAAAGACCCAAUUUGAAAGAUCUAGCCAAAGAAACCGGACCGGAGUAUGCAGACCUGCAAGUUCGAGUAGCAGAUGCCCGGUCUAUCGAGCCAACCAUUGAAGAGUACGGUUUCCAGCUGAUUAAGCAUCAGACGGAGCUAAAAAGGAAUGAUUUCAGCUUUACAAAUGAAACUUUAAUAAAUUGGUAUUUUGAUGAGGUCAAGGAAGCAGUGAAAAAGAUUUUUCCUGAUGCAUCGGAUAUCAAAUUAAUUCAGCAUCAGGUACGACAGUCAAUUCCUGUGACGCCACAGGUCCAUAAAGCAAAUGAUUCCGAUUUUAGCAAUUGUGAACCACGUGGCUCCCAAAUCCUAGGAGCACAGCCUCCAGCAGCUCUAGUUCAUUCUGACUUCACUCCUUACAGUGCAAUGAAAACCUUCAGCCAAAUAACUAAACGAGAGUUAAGAAAAGGUCGAUUCAUCAUCGUCAGCGUAUGGAGGAACAUAUCCGACAAAUGGUCAAUUCAGAAUGAUCACUUAGGCCUCUGUGAUGUGCGCUCAGUUAAAGCUCCAGAUGAUUUUGUGGUCGCUGAUAGUGGUAGCGGAAAUGCAACCCAUGAAUUGUACGUACUCGAGCCAGGCCGGCAUAAAUCGCACCAAUGGUUUUAUUUCCCCAAUAUGGUAAAGGAUGAAGUCUUGAUAUUUAAACUGUACGACAGUGAUUGUGAUGAAGCUUCGAGGUUUGUGUUCCAUUCAUCAUUUCGUGAUCCCAAUGCUUCUAGCACUGCUCAGCCACGUGAAUCAGUCGAAUGUCGCUGUAUUGUCUUUUUUCCCGAUCAUGAACCAAACACUAUACCGGUUGACGUUGAAAGUAAACAAAAAGAGGACCUUGUUGGGUUAGCUGUUGAGAAAAUUAUGGAAGCACUAAUGUUCGCUCAGUAUUGGCCAGCCAUAAGAAGGCUGGGCAUGGGUGCAGCAUUGUACAGAGAUGAUGGUGUGUCAUUUGUGUUGAGACAAAUGGUGAACGGGUUCGUAAAGCUUCAGUUAUAUGGGCUAGAAAGCGCUAGUCAAGAACAGUUGGAAGAAAUAAUUGAGAGAUGCUUGUCUGGAGGACUUUUUGAAAAAACUGCCAAGGCUAAUUUCAAUAAAGUUCCAUUAGAGGAUGCCGUCAUCCCAAUUGUCAUGGCUCACGUAGAAAGCCCAGCAAAUUGGUCGGAAGAAGAUAGAAGUCAGAUCAAGCUAAUUCUGAAUGAGGAUAAGGGCCUAACAAACAUAGCGAAGAAAUGUAUCACCGAUGCUGUCAAAGAAGCGUUUGGAGAACUGAAUGAAAAAGAGUUAAACGAUAUUGUUUCCAAACUUGUGACAAAUGAAGAGUUCAAGAAGAAAGUAGAAGCAUUGUUGCAAAGUUGA